AUGAAGGUGGUCCCCGCCGCCGCUGCGCCCGCCGCCUCCCCCGGCCCCAGCUGCGCUCUCAAGGGCGCGGGGGGCGAGCCUUCGCCGCGCUGCCUCUCGGAGCAGAGCGUGUCGCUGUCCCGCGUGGGCAGCCCCCCUUCCCGGGGCUUGCCCCUCGGGCCGGAGCAAGCCGCCGCCGCCGCCUCGCUGCUUCUGGACAUGAAGGGCUGCUACUCGCGCCUGGCCGCGCUGGUGCCCACCUUGCCUCGCCACCGCCGCGUGUCCAAAGUGGAGAUCCUCCAGCACGUCAUCGAUUACAUUUGGGCUCUCCAGCACGAGCUGCAGGACCCGCUGGCCGCCGGGGCGCCCCCUCCGCGGGGCGUGGACGAGCCGGCCGGAGCCGAGGAUUACUUGGCAGGAGAAUCCGAAUCCUAG